AUGGCGUCUUAUGAUGGCCUUGUGUCUACUGUCUUAUGGGCAAUCUUUGUCAUUCAAGUAAUUGAAUUCGGUCAUUCCAACUCUUCAACCAAUGUAAGCUGUAUUGGUGCAGAGAGGGAAGCUCUUCUAAAGUUCAAGCAUGGUCUUAUAGAUCCUUCGAGACGCCUGUCCUCAUGGACCGGAGAGGAAUGUUGCAAGUGGGAAGGAGUUGAAUGCAACAAGAAAACCGGUCAUGUCCUGAAGCUUGAUGUUCGUAGCAUGUUCAUACCUUCAGAUAAUAGCAUGAGCAUGCUGGGAGGUAACAUAGUUCCUUCUUUAACUAAUCUGAAGUAUUUGAAGUAUCUGGACCUCAGUGGCAACAACUUUUCAACCCAAAAAAUCCCAAUGUUCUUUGCUUCUCUUCAGAAAUUGGAGUAUCUUAACCUGUCAUAUGCAGGCUUCGACGGAGAUAUUCCUAGGCAGCUCAAUAACCUUUCCAAAUUACAAUACUUGGAUCUUAGUAGUGACUUCUAUAUGGGUCAUUUAACCUCGAAUGACUUUGAUUGGGUGUCGAAAUUAUCUUCCUUGAAAUAUUUGCACAUGUAUGGUGUUGACCUUUAUAAGGUCAAAGAUUGCGGAGACUUGCCAAAUCGAUUCAGAGAUUUCAAAGAAUUAGAGUACCUUGCUCUUUCACGUAACAUGAUUUUUGGUUCUAUUCCUGCUAAUUUGGUGGAGCUAUCAUCUCUAGAAAGUUUGUAUCUAGAUCAUAACAAAUUGAAUGGGAUUAUUCCAAAGAGCAUUGGGCAACUAUCGAAUCUAAAGGAGCUUUAUUUGGGGAAUAAUUUGUUGUGUGGAGUUGUUGGGGAACUUCACUUUGAAAAUCUCAAAAGCUUGACCGGGUUAGACAUUUCUUCCAAUAAGCUCAUAUUAAAUAUGAGCUCUGCAUGGGUUCCACCAUUCCAAAUUCGCGAGAUAGAUUUGUCAGAUUGCAAAGUGGGACCUGAAUUUCCAAAAUGGCUUCAAACACAGCGGAAUGUCACCGUGUUGAGGAUGUCAAAUGCGAGCAUCUUAGGUGCCAUUCCUGAUUGGCUCUACGACAUUUGCUCUACGAUUCAAACUUUAGAUAUCUCAAGCAACAUGCUUAGAGGCCAAGUUCCCCAAGACAUCGGAGACAAGAUGCCACGAUUAACAAAAUUGAGUCUUAAGGGUAAUAAUCUCACCGGUGGCAUUCCAAAUUCUUUGUGUAAGUUAAAUUGGCUGGGUAGAAUUAAUCUCUCAAAGAAUCAGCUGUCUGGGAAACUUCCUCGAUGUUGGGGAGCAUCGCAAGAGUUGGGAUAUUUGUUUUUUGGGGAUAACAAGUUAAAUGGCCAGAUUCCAAAAUCCUUGUGCCAUCUGCAAUUGUUCGCUCUUAGCCUACACGGGAAUGGCUUUACUGGAGAAAUCCCAAACUGUUUGUCAAAUAUACAGGCAAUGAGUGUCCUUGAUCUCAGUGACAAUGAAUUUACAGGUAGUUUACCGCCAUUUGGGCCACAAUCUCUUUUGGAAGUUCUUGUCUAUGCUUAA